AUGUUUCCUUCAGUGGUCAAUAUUAGGCCUUGCCCCAAGUGCAAAGACAUCAAGAAGCACGAGUGGCCAAGCAAAAUUCCUCAGAAUACGGGUCACAAUGACCCUGACCAAAAAAGCUUCAAGAUGUCGCUGGAGAAUUGGUUCCAAGAGACUGAUGUCUUCCUCGCCACAGUCGGCUCCGAGUUUUCUAGCACAAUUAGUCGCGGAUACCCCAAGGACAUCAUCCAGAGCCUGCACACAGCUCACGCCUCAUGUCAGUGUCAUGGGUGCGUUGGUUCCCGCCCGAAAAAACGACGCGCAGACACGGCGCAUGAUCCUGUAACCCAGAAGUUGCAGAAGCUGGGUCCGACCCAGCACAAGGCUUUGCAUCGAGAGAGCCCUAACAACGCAACGGGCGGCUCUCACGACACCAUGAACCUAGAAUCCAUGGCUGUGGAUGCGCGUCAGAGCGCUUCAUACCAAGUAAGCGAGGCCCGCUACCUGCCAUCGCCUCCCAACAGCCAGUAUGGCAGGUCUGAUGGUAGCAAUACUAGCAGCUACAACAGCGGCACCCACAACCCGGUGUUGGAGUCUAUUCCAAAGGCUUUGGAUGGUGCAGCCUUAUCUUCUGGCCUAGAACAACAUGGUGUAACUGGCAGACAGGGCAAGAAUAACUCCGGAUUCAAUCGUGCUCUAGAGGCAAUCAGGAAAGCAUUCCUUGAGCAGAGUCCACCACGAUCAGUCACUCCCGAGCACCUUGUCGCUCAGACACAUCUAGGAGCACUCAAUGCUCAGAUUCCGGAGUCUCACGGACGCUCACCCCUUCAGAAGACUGUAGCCAAUGGUCCUCAGCAGAAGCAUGGACAAGCUGACACUCUGCAAUCCAAUACGAAGCGAAAGAACGUUACGGCUCAGUCACCAAAUGCCAAUGAUAGAGCAAUCAAACGUGUCAAAGCUCAACAUCAUGUGUCUGAAAGCAUGGGAGGAUUCCAAGACCCUGUUUUCCAGAUUCCAACAAAUGUCGACAAAAGAAUUCGCAAUGACCAUGGUUUGAAAACAAGCGCCAAUGGUGACUAUAGAGAGUCCAACGCCUUAGGCAUCUCGGUCAAGAACAACGAAAUGCAGGGCAGCAUCGGAGUUCGACAAUUCGCCCAGCCCGUCAAAUCUCAGGCUUAUGCUCCAGAGUCACAGAAACGAACUCUAUUCCAGAAAAGUUCUGCCAGAAGUAGUCCAGAGAUGAUGAAGCCAGUUGCAAAUUCUGGCGCCGGAUGCAACCAUGGUAGCAGCUUCAGCCACGCGCAGAAAGAUCAUGGCGUUCAUCGGGUUACCCAUCGCGACACCCACCCCGUCAGUAUCACUGGCGACAAUAUCAUUCUAAACAAUAAUGGUAGACCCAACGAGAGCAUCGCUGUCGUCAACGGUAUCCCUGGCAGCAACUUCUAUGGCAACAAGUACCCAAGUGAUAGCAACGUCCAUCACAAUCCGAAGCCUGUCGGAAAGCUUCAGUUGAGUCAUUUUCUGGGCCCUUCUUGCAGAUUUCUGGGCCGUGAGACAAAGGUCACGGAUCUGGUUUCACUCCAGCAGUCCGUUGACAACGUGUGGGGCAUAUCAUACGAGACUGACCAUCAGGACAGCCAUUUCGCUGUCCGUACACCAUCUCUUUCGUCAACAAGCAGUGUCACGGUCGAUUCCACGGAUGAAGAGAUAGUAGAUCAUCAGUCUGCAACAGGUGUGGCUGCAGAAGCUGUACCAGAGAAGGAAGUUCUUCACAAGGACAAGUUUGGAGAGAAGGGAACAAUACAGAAGAUGCCUUCAGAGGAGACAGCAGCCGAGAAUGAGUGCAAGCAAGACGUACCAAAGCAGAAUAAGCAGGCUCUUCCCACCGAGGAUCAGUCCCAAGGAGAUAAGAGUGCUCAACAAUCAUCCAAGUCCUUUGAAGAGGAGAUGGCCUCUAUGAUGGACGAGGCACAUCAGGAUGGCUCGAACGAGGCUUUUACUCAUGACGAGUUUAACUCACUGCUUGAAGGAUUCUUUGAAGGCUUUUGA